ACACCUCUACAUUGUGCCUGUAAGAAUGGAGAUAUGAAGGCAGUAGAGAUGCUAGUGGUAGCAGGUGCUGAUGUGAACUCUGUAGAUCAUAAUACCUGUACCCCACUGUGGUUGGCUGUGGAAGCAGAGCGAACUGAUAUCCAAGCUGUGGAGGCACUGUUACAGGCUGGAGCAGACGUCAAUGUGGGAGACUUUCGUGAUGUCCAACCAGUAGCUCUAGCUUGUGAAGAAGGACAAUUAGAUAUAUUGAAUCUGCUACUCCAAUAUAAUGCCGAUGUU